GCCAUUCAUAGAACGACGGAAUAUAGAAUAUUGCCCUGUUAUAUAUCAAGUUCCGUAUAGUUACUGUUCUAUUCCUUUUGUCAGAUUGCUUUUCUUUCUUCAUCUUUUCGUUUGGGGAUUCCCUCAAUCCAAGAGAAUGGGGAAGCCAGCGGGGAAGAAGAAGUUUCAAGAGACAGGCAAGAAAGUCAUGGAAGCCAACAAGCAGAACAAGGCCGCCGCCGGUCCUACUUCCAAGGCGUUCGACGAGGACACGGCGAUCUUCAUCAACAUGUCUCAAGACCUCAAAGAAGAAGGUAACCGACUCUUCCUGAAACGGGACCAUGAAGGCGCGAUGUUAAAGUACGAAAAAGCCCUUAACCUUCUCCCUAAGAACCAUAUCGAUGUCGCUUAUUUGCGCAGCAACAUGGCUGCUUGCUAUAUGCAUUUGGGUCUCGGUGAGUACCCUCGCGCCAUCAGUGAAUGUAAUUUGGCUUUAGAGGUUUCUCCGAAAUACAGCAAAGCUUUGUUGAGAAGAGCUAGAUGUUAUGAAGCUUUGAAUAGACUGGAUUUAGCUUGUAGGGAUGUUUAUAAUGUUUUAACUAUUGAACCCAAUAAUUCGUCUGCUUUGGAGCUUUUAGACAGUGUUAAAAAGGCUAUGGAUGAGAAGGGUAUUACUGUUAAUGAAAAUGAACUUGGUUUGUUUGAUAAUGAGCUUUCUGGGGCUACACGGUUGCGAAAAGUGGUGAAAGAGAAGUUGAAGAACAAGAAAAACAAAGGAAAGAGUGUUGAGAUAAACAAAAAGACUGCUUAUAAUGUUACAGAAGAGAAGGCGGUGGAGAAGAAGGUUAGCCUUGCCAACGAGGUCAAAGAUGAAGAGGUUGUUGUGAAGACUGUUCAGCAAGAGAAGAAGGCUGUUGAGGAACAAAAGGCGAUUACAAAGACGGUGAAGUUGGUGUUGGGGGAUGAUAUUAGGUGGGCGCAAUUACCUGUGAAUUGUACUAUUCAGUUGGUGAGGAAUAUUAUUCGAGAUAGGUUUCCAGGGCUGCAGGGUGUUCUUGUGAAAUACAUGGAUCCAGAGGGUGAUUUAGUUACAAUUACUUCAACAUAUGAUCUUAGGUUAGCCGAAACAUUUGGUGGUGUAUCUGGAGGAUCGCUUAGAUUCUAUAUUGUUGAAGUUAGUCCAGACCAGGAACCAACUUAUGAAGGCGUAAGUAAAGAUGAUGUGGUUAAGAGGGGAGAGAAAUUGAAUGAUGUUGUUGAGAAUGGUGAAGCUAUAAAGGGAACAUGCAUGGAGGAUUGGAUUGUCCAGUUCGCACUACUUUUUAAGAACCAUGUUGGGUUUGAUUCUGAUUCGUACUUGGAUCUUCAUGAACUUGGGAUGAAAUUAUAUUCAGAAGCAAUGUCAGAUGCUGUGACAAGUGAAGACGCACUGGAGCUGUUUGAAAUUGCUGCAGAUAAGUUCCAAGAGAUGGCUGCUCUUGCAUUGUUCAACUGGGGAAAUGUUCACAUGACCAGGGCAAGGAAGCAUGUCAGGUUAACAGAAGAUGGUUCAAGGGAAUCUAUGCUCGCCCAGGUUAAGAUUGCGUAUGAGUGGGCACAGAAAGAAUAUGUAUUGGCAGCGGAGAGGUAUGAGGAAGCAUUGAAAAUUAAACCAGAUUUUCAUGAAGGUCUUCUUGCAUUGGGGCAACAGCAGUUUGAGCAAGCCAAACUCUGUUGGUACCAUGCAAAUGCUUGCAAGAUUGAUUUAGAGAACGGGCCUUCAGAAGAGGUCUUGAGGCUUUUUAACAAGGCGGAGGACAGCAUGGAGAAGGGCAUGCAGAUUUGGGAGGAAACAGAGGAGCAACGGCUAAAUGGACUCUCUAAAUUUGAUAAGUAUAAGACCCAGUUGCAGAAAAUGGGGCUAGAUGGUUUGUUUAAAGUUGUCUCCCCUGAAGAAGCUGCUGAGCAGGCUGCAAACAUGAGUUCACUGAUAUACCUGUUAUGGGGCACCUUACUUUAUGAACGUUCUGUUGUGGAAUACAAGAUUGGGUUGCCAACUUGGGAAGAAUGUUUGGAGGUUGCAGUUGAGAAAUUUGAACUUGCUGGAGCUUCUCCUACAGAUCUAGCUGUUAUGAUUAAGAACCACUGUUCGAACCAGAACGCUUCAGAAGGUUUAGGUUUUAAAAUAGACGAGAUUAUACAGGCAUGGAAUGAGAUGUAUGACGUAAAAAGGUGGCAGACUGGUGUUCCAUCAUUCCGGUUAGAGCCAUUGUUCCGCCGUGGGGCUCCAAAUCUUCUUUCUAUCUUGGAGCAUCUUUAAAUUUUCUGUUGAUUUGGCAUUCUUUUGGGGCAUUAAACAAGUGCUUCAGUUCCAUUUAAUUCAUUUUCCAAGAUCAAUGUUUGUGUGCUACUAAGAUAGGUCUUAUUUUUUGGUCAUGGACUGUUUUUGUCUGGCUCGUUGUUUGCUAUGGCAGCAAGGAACAAAAGCUUGUGAACUGUGAGUUUGAUAUUUGAAAGAUGCAGUUUUUGACUGGGCAUGAAGCCUAGUUCAGUCAUUCAUUUUUGUCAAUUGGAACUAUUAUUUUUUUCUUUCACACUGCAAUUUGUACAGUAAUAUAUGAUUUGAUUGGUUCUUAAUCAACGAUCAUAUAAUAACUGUUGGUUGUUGGUUUU